GAUCGCAGCCGAACGCGCUAACCAAUUGAUUAACCAUUUUAAUUAUUAUAAUGUUAUUUACAAACUUUUGCGGGUUUACGAUAUUUUGUAAACGAUAUAAAUCAAUAUUUUUGUAUGGGGAUAUAGUACGUCUAAUGUUUAAAACUGCUCAUAGGUACUAUAUUCUUUUUACACGAUUUUCAAGUUUCCCGGAUAACUCAAAAUUUACGGUGUAUAAGGAUGGAUAUGCAAUGAAGAAUUGAAUUGAAUUAUGGAGCAACAAGAUCCUGCCAGAUAGAAAUUAUGCAGAAAUUUGCAUAAUUUGAUCAGCUGCAGAAAGGCUUUAUCAUUAUAGUAUGAUAUCUUCUUGCUAAAGUUAAUAAUGAAGAUCAUCGGCGAGUUAGCCCUACUCGGGGCUAUAGCAUCGGUCUUCGUGGUGGCAGCCCAGGGUCGGGCAGCGGAGAGGCAGGCGGAGGAGGCAGCAGGGAGGCAAUACAUGAGGAAGCUCGACGAAGCCACAUCUCAAGCUAAGAACAGGCUGACCAUAGCUUCCUGGAACUAUCAGAGCAAUAUUACAAAUUACAAUCAGGAGCAAAUGUUGCAAAUCUCAUUAGAAGUGGCAGAAGAAGAAAAGGAAGCUUGGAAGGAAACAAUGAGUUACCUCUGGCAUGAGUUUGAAGACCAAGACCUCAAGAGGAUGUUCAAGAAAUACUCAGAGUUGGGCACAUCUGCGUUGCCUGAAGACUUGAACCAGCGGCUCAUACAGGCUGUGAACAACAUGCAGACAAAUUAUGCUAAGGCCACUAUUUGCGAUUACAAGGAUCGGACGAAAUGUGACCUUCACGUGGAACCUGAGGUAACAGACAUAUUCGCAAACAGCGAAGACCCCGAGGAACUGAAAUACACCUGGAUCGAAUGGCACAAAGCUGCAGGGGCACCGUCCAGGGGCAAUUUCACUGAGUACAUUGCGAUGGACAACGAAGCCGCUAAACUAAAUGGCUAUGACACCAUGGCUGAGUUUUGGUUAAACGAAUAUGAAAUGAAGAACGAAGAUGAAUUCGCUACUUUGUGGAGUCAGAUAAAGCCCCUGUACCAACAAAUCCAUGCGUAUGUACGUGGGAAGUUGAGGCAGAAGUAUGGUGAAAAUGUUGUAUCAGCCAAGGGACCUAUUCCAGCUCAUCUCUUAGGUAAUAUUUGGGCACAGACUUGGUCGAACGUUGAAAAGUUCACUAAGCCAUUCCCUGACAAACCUGAGGUUGACAUCACUGCCGCUUUAAUAGCUCAGAACUAUACACCACUAAAAAUGUUCCAAACUGCUGAAGAAUUCUUCACAUCGCUUACAUUGAGUCCAAUGCCGGAUCUGUUUUGGGACAAAUCCAUAAUAGAAAAGCCCAAUGAUGGAAGAGACAUGGUUUGCCAUGCUUCGGCUUGGGAUUUCUUCGACGGCGAAGACUUUAGGAUCAAACAAUGCACAACGAUCACAAGUGAAUUCUUCACGACCACCCAUCAUGAAAUGGGCCAUAUUCAAUAUUAUCUACAAUACAAAGAUCAGCCUGUCAUCUAUAGAGCGGGAGCGAAUGCCGGUUUUCACGAGGCUGUAGGUGAUGUCAUUGCCCUCUCAGUAUCGUCUCCGAAGCAUUUAAGAGUGAUGGGUCUCUUAGAAGAUGGUGUAGAUGAUCAGGAAUCUAAUAUCAAUCAACUGUACAAAAUGGGCCUAGACAAGAUAGUGUUCCUGCCAUUCGGAUACCUGCUCGACCUGUUCCGCUACAGCGUGUUCCGUGGCAUCACCGCUCCUAGGGACUACAACUGUCACUUCUGGCAGCUCCGGGAAUCUGUGCAAGGUGUCGAACCCCCGGCGCCAAGAUCUGAGGAAGACUUCGACCCUGCUGCCAAGUAUCACAUUUCGGCAGACGUUGAGUACAUGAGAUACUACGUGUCGUACAUUGUACAGUUCCAAUUCCACCGCGCACUGUGUCUGCUCGCUGAUCAGUACACCCCUGGAGACAGUAACAAGACCUUGUCAAAUUGUGACAUUUACAAGAGCGAAACUGCUGGAAAAGCUUUAGGUAAAAUGCUGCAGUUGGGAUCUUCUAAACCGUGGCCAGAAGCAAUGGAGAUGCUGACAGGCCAGCGCAAUAUGGACGCCAGCGGCGUGCUGGAAUAUUUCCAACCUUUGUACGAUUGGCUUAAGGCUGAAAAUGAACGCACUGGCGAGUUCAUCGGUUGGGAACCUAGCACAGUUCAAUACUGCACCCAGGAACAACGCAUGUCGAUGGACGAUAUAGGUUUUAAUGCAAAACUGAAGAAGUAUGUUGGACAGUAAACAUGGGACCAGAAAAAAUGCCUAAAUAAAAUAAGUACAUACC